UUCCGUAACACAUCUUCUCGAUCUUCCUUAAGAAGACCAAGCAUUCAAUUUAUUUAGAGCAAACUACGUUAUGUAUCUCAAUUCACGUCAGCUUAUAAUGUUAUGGACGAUGAUCCAUGCUGCCGUGGCUAUCUCAAAUAUGACUGCUAACCUAGAUGUCGAUUCGAGUAUUCGAGUCGUCGAUCAAUCGAGUGGUGCCGUCGACCUUCGAUCCUUGCAACAACAACUGAAUCAGGAGUCUUUGAUCAGGCUGUCUCUGGUCAACCAACUGUACACAUUGAGUAGCGACAUGCUUACCGUUAAACAACGAAUGAUGGCUAUUGCAGUGGAAGGUCGACAGUUUGAAGACAAACUGAUAGCGAUGAAGAAGAAAAUCAUCGCGCUUAAAAACGAAAACCGGCGCAUGCGUGAUACCCAGGAGCAGAUUUCGGUCAAAGUGAGCAAUGCAACUGAUGCUGGAACUAGUCAUGCUUCUUCAGGAUCUCAGAAUGAAGACUCGGUGGUCGCAUUUCACGCCUUUACUAGCAAGAAGCUUAAUUUCAAAACGGACACUACGGUGAAUGUGGUUUACGAUAAAACUUCUCUUAACACCCAUGACGUGUACAAUACGAAAAAUGGCUUCUUCACAGCGCCGUCUGGUGGAUUAUACGUGUUUUCCUGGACGAGUCUGGUAGCAGAAAUGUCAAAGUUCAAUGCAGAGCUGCUUGUGAACGGAGAGAGAAAAGGACUGGCAAAGUGUGAUCAUGAGCUGGGUCAACAAGGUUUUGAAAGUUGUUCCAAUACAGUACCUGUUAUUCUGAAGACAGGGGAUCUGGUGAAUAUCCGAACUGUGGAUUCUCUUUCUCUUCUUGGAAUUCAAUGGUCCAGUUUCAAAGGAUGGAAAGUCCAAUAAGAACACUUGUUUUAGAGUUUUUUAGAAACUCUUUGUAUUUUGCAUGUUUGAAUUUCGAAUUUAAAAUUGUAUGAGAGCUAUUAAAUUUGCAUUAAAAU